AAUGGCAGAGUGAAGAUGGGGGACUGGAACUUCCUUGGAGGGAUUUUGGAGGAGGUGCAUAUCCAUUCCACCAUGGUGGGAAAGAUCUGGCUCACCAUCCUGUUCAUCUUCCGCAUGCUGGUCCUCGGGGUGGCGGCCGAGGACGUGUGGAAUGACGAGCAGGCUGACUUCAUAUGCAACACCGAGCAGCCGGGAUGCAGGAACGUGUGCUACGACCACGCGUUCCCAAUCUCCCUCAUCCGCUACUGGGUGCUGCAGGUCAUUUUUGUGUCUUCCCCCUCGCUGGUUUACAUGGGCCACGCUCUGUACAGGCUGCGGGCGCUGGAGAAGGCACGGCAGAAGAAGAAGGCUCUGCUGCGGAAGGAGCUGGAGUUGGUGGACGUGGAGCUUGCAGAAGCCCGGAAGAGGAUCGAGAGGGAGGUGAAGCAGCUGGAUCAGGGGAAGCUGAACAAAGCUCCUCUCAGGGGCUCUCUGCUGCGCACCUACGUGGCUCACGUUGUCACUCGCUCUGUUGUUGAGGUGGCCUUCAUGACAGGCCAGUACCUCCUGUACGGCUUCCACCUCUACCCGCUCUACAAGUGUGAGCGGGAUCCAUGUCCCAACGCUGUGGACUGCUACGUUUCCAGGCCGACGGAGAAAAGCGUCUUCAUGGUGUUCAUGCAAUGCAUUGCUGCCAUUUCUCUCUCCCUGAACAUCCUGGAGAUCAUGCAUCUGGGCUACAAGAAGGUUAAAAAGGGAAUCCUGGACUUCUACCCGCACUUAAGCGAAAGAGACGAACUUGACGACUUUUACGCCAACAAGUAUAAAAAAGAAUCUGUGGUGCAAAUUUGCACAAAUGUACCACGGAAGUCGACGAUUGCCUCCGCACCCAGUGACUACAACCUCCUGAUGGACAGGAUGCAUGGCAAUAUUAUGUACCCAAACCUUAUCAAACCUUCCACUUUUCUACCUCAGGGCGAGGUGGCCCCUCAGCACGACUUGGACGACUCCAGAUGUUCAGCUCAAAGCCCCCCAGAUUGUAACUGCACACUGACAACCAACGAGCCCUGCUCUCCGUGCUGCGACUCCCUCAUCAAUCCCAAGCAGGAGGCUGAGGACUUACUGCGUCUUUCCCCACACAGUAAAGAGAACGGUGGCGCUGAAAGAGGGAGCCCAGACUCUCCUAAGUGCCCACAGAAAGCAGCGGACACUUCCUCCUUCCCCACGCUGCCGGUGAGUGCAUCCAAGAGGCCGUGGAGGGCUCACGGCUCUUUUAAAUGCUCCACGGUGUUGGAGAGCAAAAGCUCCGACACAGAUUCAUACGGGGGGGCAAAACCCAGCAGCGGACCUCUCCUCACUCGAGUGCAUUCGAAAUCAGAUGGCAAACAUCAAAGCCGGCCCUCCACCCCGGAGUCAGUGGACGACUCCAGCUCAGGAUCCAGGAACAACCACAGACCCCCUUCCUCCAACUGCAAAACAUCAGUGGCGAGUAAUGCGAGCAGCAGACGAGCUGCAGACCUGCAGAUCUGA